AUGAAGGACCCGCUGGAUGUACUAACGGUUGGCACAGAGGAGUUACCGCCAGGAGGUAGAGACGUGGUAUUCCAGCUCGGGGAGACACUACUCCCUGAUGCAGCUUCUUCCGAGGAUGAUGAACCUGGAAGUGAUACCGUCGGGAACAGAGCAGAUGACCUGCUGGAGGUGCUGGCAGUCGGUAUCGAGGUAUUGCCACCUGAAGGCAGAGAAGUGGUGUUCCAACUUGGAGACAAGCUGCUCCCUGCUGUAGCCUCUGAGGAGGAUGAACCUGGGAAUGGCACUGUCGGGAAUGACACAAAUGACCCACUCGAUGUGCUUACAGUUGGUACUGAUACGUUACCACCUGACGGGAGGGAGGUACUGUUCCAGCUUGGGCCUAAGCUACUACCUGAAGUUAUCCCUGCUGAAGAGGAUUGCGCUGAAGACGAAGCACUGAGUGUCGGCAACGAGGUAUUACCACCAGGGGGAAGAGCGGUACUGUUCCAGCUCGGGCCGACACUGCUUCCUGAAGUGAGCACUCCUGAAGACGUUGGAAAAGGCACCAAGGUCCCGCUGGGAGCACUGGUUACCGGUGCCGACGUAUUUCCUCCAGAAGGAAGAGACGUGCUGUUCCAGCUGGGCCCGAAGCUACUCCCCGAGCUUCCUUGGCUUGACAGUGACAAGGUUGGAAAUGGAACGAAUGUGCCACUCGAGAUACUGACCGUCGGUACCGAGUUAUUCCCUCUCGACGUGGUACCAUUCCAGCUUGAUGAACCACCAGAGCUUGCCGAGACCGAGGCCGUUGGGAAUGGCACGAACGUCCCGCUAGAGAUACUGACCGUAGGAACUGAGCCAUUACCCCCAGAAACGGAGGUAGUACCAUUCCACCCUGGGCCGACGUUUCCACUUGAAGAGAGGCCAGGGCUUGCGGAUUCUGAAGCUGUUGGGAACGGCAUGGUGAUUGUUGGAAACGAGCCAUUUCCUCUGUCAGAGGUGGUGUUCCCACCUGGAGCCGCGCUGCCACUCGAUGAACUACCGGUGUUUGUAAGGUCUGAAGCUGUCGGGAAUGGGAUGAAAGUUCCACUUGAGAGACUAACAGUUGAAAUUGAACCAUUCCCUGUUGGGGCUGAAGUCGUGUUCCACGCUGGACCUACACUGCCACCUGUCAUCUCAGAACCAGUCGUCACAGACACCGUAGAACCCGUAUCAGUAGAGAUAGGUCCUGUCCUAGAAAUACCGCCGCUCGGGGCAGUAACACUCGAGUUCCACCCCGUCAGACGUGUCCCACUCUCCACAGGACUCGACGUCGAGUUACCAGGAAUCGACCACGGUAGCGAAUCGCUUGUAGCGCCAGAUCUUGUCAUUCCAGAUGAAUGGGUCGAUGCUCGUGAUGUUACAUCCGAGAGGCUUUGGGUGCCGUUGCUAGACGGUGAAGUAGAUGCUUGGUCUUCGCUUGAGAAGGAUGCUGAGAAGGGACCUUGGUCAUCUGCUGGGGACUCUGUGGUGGUGUUCCAUGAAGCUGCUGAAUCUGAUCUCGUGAAGCUCUCGCUGGCUGAUCUUGUAGUUUGA